AAAAUUGAAUGUGUCUUUCAAAUUGUAAGCUUUUUUAUCUCGGAGAACGUUCUGCCGGACGUGGAAAAUGUGCGAAAUCUUUUUGUGGAUUAUUUUGGCAUCUAGAUUUUUGAGAAACGAGAUUCUUGCGAAAAACUGCUGUUCCUGACAUUCGACCUAUCGUACCAUGUUUAAAGAUAAGAAAGUGCAACGCGUCUAGAAAUUCCUGUUUUUAUGGAGGAAAACUACCGAAUUAUGCGACGAGUUUCCAUGCAACGUUUCUUAUAAAUCACCUUUUUUCUCGUCGUUCUGGGAUUUUUACUCCCUCGGAAUAGUGUAUGUUUGGUUUAUCGAGCGAAACAGCAAAAAAAUGUGUUAUGAAAGGCAAGAUUUCGAUCGCAAUAACGAGUGCUUGAGGAUAUCAAAUAACAACCACACCAAAACUCUCUCCUCGAUAAAUCUGCACGUUGAUAAAUACUCUUAGAGAUCUCAAAAAGCUUUUUUGCUUCAAGAUAUUUCAUGGUGUCUUCGUAUUCGUUAAAAAAACUAAUGAUAGUCUUACGUCGUCACUGAACAACUUUUCAAUCGCCACGUGGUUUUUCAGUCAACUUAUUUCUUCGAAACACUUCACACGUGGUACGAAUUCACACUGAUUUAUCGCCUCGUAAUUCGAUUCAAGAUCUCAUGGUUUUCUUCACACGCAAACGCUUUGCACUUAUACUCAUUCAUACGCACAGAUGUUAAAAAAGCUGCACAAAGUCGACAGAUGUAAGAUCGCUGUGCGUUUGCACAAGGACGUCGAGAUUUACUGGCGAUAUAACUGUUUGUAACGAAUCUAACAUGCAUCAGUACUCGACUAAACACUCCGGCAAUUGUACUCGAACGAUCUUACUCCAUUUGGAAUUUAAUGGACAGUAUGAAAAUUUAUCUCGAGGAUGAUACACGGAAAUGAACGCGAAUAUUAAUUUUCCUGAAUGAAAUUGAAAUUUCAUUGCAGUAGUUUAUUGUCGUGGAAAUAUUAUUUGACGAAUUGAAUCGAAACCUGAAUUUUAAAACGAUUAUUAACGAAAUGAAAUAAGAAAAAUCGAUAAAUAUUUUAGGAGUUUCAACUUAAAAAGAAGAAGCUCCCAUUUCAUUUGUGAAUGAAGUUGUGUGAAAGUUCCAAAAGUAACGAGACACAAAAUGUUGAUACUCUGUUGGCUUUCUUUGAUGCUUUUGAUUAUCGAGACAACGAGCAGCACCCUGGCGAAGGAUUAUAAUGGCAAAAACGUUGGAGAAUCUGUAACUUCGGGUGAAAAUCAUCGUGCGAGAAAAGCGCGAUUGGUGAAGAAACUCAAAAAGGAUUUUCGAAAAUUGAAGAAACUCAAUGGCGCCGUUAAACUUGUUGGGGGCACCAGAAACGAGUACGAAGGAAACGUUGAGAUUCUUCACAACGGAAAAUGGGGCAGCAUUUGCGACGAUGAAUGGGACUUUUUGGAGGCUACAGUCGUUUGCAGGCAACUCGGUUACGAGGAAGCGAUCAGAGCGACCGGAAGUGGGCAGUUUGGCCAGGCGAGAAGACAUUUUUGGAUGGACAACGUUUACUGCGACGGCACGGAGAACCAUUUGUCCAAAUGUCGUUUCGACGGCUGGGGAAUUUCUGAUUGCGAGAGCGGCGAAGCUGCGGGUGUUGUUUGUCGUCACGAGGAACAAAUUUCCAUAGCUCCGGUCGCCAAGAAAAAAUUACCCAAAUUGAAGAUCGAGGAUCUUCAUCCGCAGGACAUUGCUCUAAGAUUGGCUGGCGGACGGGCUCCGAAUGAAGGGAGGGUGGAAAUCAAACUUGGAAACGAAGAAUGGAGUGUCGUUUGCGGCGACGGAUGGUCCCUCUUCGAGGCUGGAGUCGUUUGUCGCCAGCUUGGACUUGGCCACGCCUCGGAUGCCGUUCAAACUAAUUUUUUCGGUGGGGACCGAUUACCAAUGUUCGUGAGUGGUCUCAAAUGUGCUGGAAACGAGAUUAAUAUCAGCGAGUGUCUGCACGACCAAAAAUUCGAGUGUCCAGGAAUCGCUGAAAACGUCGCCGGUGUCGUGUGCGUAAGGGAAAUCGCUGACCUCGUAGUGGAUCACAUCGAGCUGAUGAGGACGGCUCAUCUCGAAGAUCGUCAAUUAUACUGGUUGCAGUGUGCAAUGGAGGAAAAUUGCGUGGCUAGUCAAGCUUACAAAAUCCAAAAAGAGUCGACGAACUGGCAUCUCGAAACUCGGAGACUCUUGCGAUUCACGGCGAGAAUUCUAAACGCUGGCACUGCCGACUUUCGUCCGUCCAUUCCAAAGCACCUUUGGGAAUGGCACAUGUGUCAUAUGCAUUACCACUCGAUGGAAGUGUUUGCAACCUUCGACGUAAUCGACUCGCAAGGUAAAAGGGUGGCUGAGGGUCACAAGGCAUCGUUCUGCCUGGAAGAUAAUCAGUGCUUACCUGGAGUUACACCCAGAUACAAGUGUGCCAAUUACGGUGAUCAGGGUAUUUCAGUCAAUUGCAGUGACAUUUACAAACACAACAUCGACUGUCAGUGGGUCGAUAUAUCUGAACUAGCACCGGGUGAUUAUACGUUUAAGAUCGCCGUCAAUCCGGAAUUCAAGGUAGGCGAAAUGAGCUUCGACAACAAUGCAGCCGUUUGUCAACUAUUGUACACAGAAACUUUUGCCACUGUGCAUAAUUGCACUGUGGAACGACCUUAACGAAUUUGCGGUUACAGGUCUUAUGUGACCGGAUGUUUUAUAAAUUUUUUAUUUUUUCUGGGAUCAAAGUUUUGAUGCGGAAUGUUACUUCCGUGCAGAGACUAUAUCAUUAUGUCUACUUAAAAAUUUGUUAAAUAAAUCCACUGAGCGAUA